CAUAUUCAUGCCUAGAUCGAAGAGAGCUCAUGUUGUAAGUUUGACUCAAACCAAACAAAAGGGCAAGGAACAUAAGGAUAAUGUAGUAAAUACGGUGAGAGAGUGUGUGGACAACUACAAGUUUGUAUAUGUGUUGGAAUUCGAUAACUUGCGUACGAAUGCAUUUAAGGAUCUCCGCCUCCAGUUAAAUGAUUGCAGGUUUUUGCUGGGCAAGAACCGUGUAAUGCAGGUUGCUCUGGGUAGAAGUCCGGAGGAAGAAUACCGUGAUAAUUUGAGCAAGUUGGGUGAGUACUUGGGAGGAAACUGUACGCUGUUCUUCACAAAUCGUCCCCAAGAAGAGGUAUUAUCCUUCUUUAAAGAAUACAAGUCCCUGGAUUAUGCCCGUGCUGGAUUUAAGGCAACGGAGGAGUUUGUAAUUCCCAAGGGAGAGAUGCCUUUCGCUCAUAGCAUGAUGGAGGAGUUCCGAAAGCUGCGUUUGCCCGUUGAGAUGAAAAAUGGAACCAUCCACAUGCGUGAGGACUAUACAGUUUGUAAGAAGGGUAAGGUUUUGACUCCUGAACAAUGUCGAAUCUUGAAACUGUACUCGAAACCUAUGGCUUACUUUGUACUCACACCCCGUGCCUGCUGGAGCAACGGAGAGUUACAAGUGUUUUAGUCUUUU